AUGUUGGCCGAUCCUGAAAAGAGGCCUGUAGAGGCCAUUGGAGACGACUUUAGUCCGGUCCCAAUUCCAAAAUGGUUGCUGCUCAAGCCUGCCUGCAGGUUGUCGAUCAUCGUCGGCACCACCCACCCACCAUCACCAUCACCGGAUACCGUAACCCGUGGCCGCGGCGGGCGCACCAUCAUCGGUUUUCGCGUAACACGCCCCAUUUUCGGCAGCCACACCACUAACAACGGGGUUACUGUAGCGCCUACAGUACCCCAGUUCGCGCCGGGACCUUCAAAUGCCAUCAGGGCUGAACGUCUUGAAGCCGUGGGUGCAGAAAAUUUCGCCACAGUACCUUUUACCGGGCCCCAAUUCGCGGCGGGACCCUCAAACGCCAUCAGGGCUGAACGUCUUGAAGAUGUGGGUGCGGAAAAAGGACCCACAGUGCCGCCCAGCGUACCCCAAUUCGUUGCGGGACCACACGCCAUCGCCGCGGGACUGCUCAACCCGCCGAGGGCCGUCUUUCUGCCCGGUACCGUACCCUCGACUACGAGAGGCUCCGCGAUUCCACUGGUCUCUGACACCACCGCAGCACUAAUGGACACCCCAGAACCGGCCGUUACCGUACCCGUGCCAGAAGAAGCCGUUGAAGUGUUCAACACCAGGUACGACAAUCAUAACACCAAGCAGUACAGUGACGACAUCGCAAAUGUUUUCGAGCACUACGGCAACUACAACGACGUCUCCGAGCAGUCCGCCAACAACGACGUCGACCUCGAGCAGCACCGUAUCGGAUCGUACGGCCGCCUCAAUGGCGCCAACGUCUUCGAG